GUCCUCCAAUUUAUUAUCACCCCCUCCAGCUCUUUCUAGGAGAAAUUCCAUGUAUUCUGUAACAUCAGGACGUUCCAGAGGUAGUUCGGCUUCUGGUCAUUUGGGAAGUCUUGUUUCAUCUCCUCGUCUUGUGAACACUUUCCAAAAACUGACCGAACAACGAAAAACUCUCAAGAAUGAUCCAACCUUUGAUAAUCACUUGUUUGAGUAUGAAUCGAGUUUAAUUUCAGACACAAAGACCAACCUAAAGCCCUACGUAUAUGGAAACGGAAGCAAUGAUGAAGAAGCUCAGCAACCACCAGAAGAACAACUUGGGCAAUUAGGAAAGGAAUAUGCUACAGGAAUGGAUCCUAAAUCUGUCAUGUUACUGUGUGACUUGAAAAGAAAUGGUAAAAAGAUUGGAAAUUUGUUGGAUGAUAUGGAGCGAACGAAGCGAGAAAAACACAAUUCAGAUAAUCACUCUUUGGUUGCGAGCACACAUGACACAAGUAUUAAGAGUAAGGUGGAGAGGACCAUGCAAAUGAUUAAAAGCUCACUUGAACAAUUGAACCAUGGAAAAUCGAAAAAGAAACAACAGACAAAACCCAACAAUAAGGUCACUCCAUAA